AUUUUGUCAAUGCUUUUCCCCAACCUAAUGCCCAAAAUCAGUCAGCCCCAUUUUUCUCUCUGAUGAGUGUUCUUGGUUUGUUGAAAAAAAGGUGUCCUCCGUGAAUUUCCUUCCAAUUGUUUUUUAGGACAAAUAGAAAACAAAUUCCUUUGUGUGAAUUUUCUUGGUUUGUGGUGUGUUUUUUUGCUGGGUUGAUUUGUAGCUAAAAAAAGAGAAGGAUUGGGAAAAAAAAGAUGAGAAUUUGAAAGGUGGGUUUUGUUGGGUUUCUUGUUGCUACCUUUGUGGUGGGGUUUAGUUCAAGGGAGCAGACGGUGAAGAAGAAUAAGGGAUAGAAAGGGAGGGAGUGAGUUUGGGGGGGGGUGCCGCAGAGAGAUCUGGAACAAAAGAGAUGAUUUCAGUUUUUUUUUUUAAAUUUUAUUUUAAAUUUGAUUCCUUCUAUUCGAUAUAAUACCAAACACAGUAUAAAUAAUACGAUCAUUAGUCCGAUACUGCACCAAACGCCCGACUAAUUUAGUCAGUACUAUCCGAUGACUAUUUAUCCUAUCCGACAGAAAUAGUCAGUACAGUCCGAGCUGCCAAACGAGGCCAGAUGGGAACGGGCGGCGGAGGAGACGAUGAGGGGAUACGGCGGAGAGGCUGCACGUACCGAAAGGACGAUUUUCUCCCCGAGGAGUCGUUCCAGAGCUGGGGCAAUUACGUCGAUGCGCUGAAGCAGACGCCGGGCCGGUUCGUGGAUCGGGUCCUGACCCGGUCGGCGGACAACACGGAGCUGGUUGAGGUGAAGGCGCGGAGUCAUCACGAGAUGAAGAAGACGCUCAGCUGGUGGGACCUCAUCUGGUUCGGACUCGGCGCUGUCAUCGGCGCGGGAAUAUUCGUGCUCACGGGACUGGAGGCGAGAGAGCACGCGGGCCCCGCCGUCGUGCUGUCGUACGUCGUCUCGGGCGUCUCCGCCUUGCUCUCUGUUUUCUGUUACACCGAGUUCGCCGUUGAGAUUCCUGUUGCAGGUGGCUCAUUUGCCUACCUAAGGGUGGAGCUUGGGGACUUCGUGGCCUUCAUUGCAGCAGGCAACAUCCUCCUCGAGUACGUCAUAGGUGGCGCAGCCGUUGCUCGUUCUUGGACAUCCUAUUUCACCACCCUCUGCAAUCGCAGCGACACCAAUGAUUUCCGCAUCAUAGCCCACGGUUUCCCAGAGGACUACAAGUACCUCGAUCCCAUUGCUGUCGCUGUCAUUAUCGGCAUCUGCUGCCUCGCAGUCCUCAGCACAAAGGGCUCUUCUCGUCUCAACUACAUUGCCUCGAUUGUCCACAUCAUUGUCAUUCUCUUCAUCAUCAUCGCUGGCCUCACCAAAGCAGAUAUCAAUAACUACCGCGAUUUCUUCCCCUUUGGCCCUCGCGGUGUAUUUCAAGCUUCAGCUGUUCUAUUCUUUGCGUACAUUGGAUUUGAUGCUGUUUCAACCAUGGCGGAGGAGACCAAAAAUCCUGCAAGGGACAUCCCAAUUGGUCUUGUCGGCUCAAUGGUGAUUACCACAGUCCUCUAUUGCUUGCUUGCAGUGACAUUAUGCCUUAUGCGGCCGUAUGGCCAAAUCGACAAACAAGCUCCAUUUUCGGUUGCGUUUGAAGAUGUUGGGAUGGGAUGGGCUAAGUACGUUGUGGCAGCGGGUGCAUUGAAAGGCAUGACAAGCGUGCUGCUUGUUGGGGCAGUUGGACAGGCGCGGUACCUCACUCACAUUGCCCGAACCCACAUGGUGCCCCCAUGGUUUGCGCAAGUUGAUUACAAAACCGGCACUCCUGUCAAUGCCACGGUCACCAUGCUUGCAGCCACCGCAAUCAUUGCCUUCUUCACAAGCCUUGACAUUCUGGCCAACCUUCUCUCCAUCUCCACUCUGUUCAUCUUCAGCCUUGUUGCCAUCGCUCUCCUUGUUCGCCGCUACUAUGUCAGCGGCGUCACAACUCGGGCCAACAGAAACAAGUUCAUUGCCUUCCUUUUCAUCAUAAUUAGCUCUUCAAUUGCCACCUCUGUCUAUUGGAGUAGAACAGAUGAUUGGACUGCCUACGUGGUAACCGCGCCGCUUUGGUUCUUGGGUACUUUAGGGAUUUGGUUACUUGUCCCCCAAGCAAGGAGUCCGAAGCUCUGGGGAGUGCCACUGGUGCCAUGGUUGCCAUCUCUUUCAAUUGCCAUCAACAUUUUCCUGCUCGGGUCAAUCGAUCACGCCUCGUUCAUAAGGUUUGGAGUGUGGACUCUGAUCAUCUUGGUUUACUACUUCAUCUUCGGAUUGCACGCGUCUUAUGACACGGCAAAGGACUCCGAAGCGAAGAGGCUGGAGGGCGGCACAAACGAUGAGUUGAAGAAGGUUCAAGCUGCAAGGGUGGCCACGAGGGACGCCGGCUUAGACGCUGGAAAUGGUAGCAAUGCCUCUGCACCUCCUGCUAGUUAAGAAAGGGUAUGUUUUGUGUGUGAAGAUUUAAUUGUUUGUGUGUGAUUAGUGCUGUUUAGUUUUAUCAGCUUGCUUAUUAGAGAUGUGAUUUACAAUUAAAUGUUGUCUAUAAAUCUGUUUUGAAGUACGUAGUAUUUUACUUUUAUUGAUACACCACAACUUUCUUUCUCAAUUCA